GGUGGGGAUUGUGGGCUGGCUUUGUGCAGACAGCUCUUCCCGCCUCCCAAUCUUUGGUUCCUGUUCAGUUCCUUCUAUAAAUCACCGUUUUCUUCGGUUGUUCCUUCAAGGGAAGGGCCUGGGAGAGCAGCCUUGGGGUGCUUGUGAAGUCUUCUUUUUGAAAGGUCUUGGCAUUCAUGGCAGCCCCCCAAAAGGAGCCUUUGGGGUCCCCUUCCUUGGCCUGUGAUUGGCAGCAGCGCUUUGAGUCCAAAUGGGACCUGAGUGCGAAAGGGGUCCCGCUCCCCAAAGAACCGGACUGGGAGGCUUUGUGGAAGCAGAAACCCUUCCAGAGGAACCUUUUGCAGAACCCCAACCCUGAAGGGGUGAAUGUUUCGGAGCCAGCUCCGCCUUGCCAACCACAGAAAACUUGCAAGCUUCCCGACUUCAAAGACAUUUUCGGAGGAUGGGAAGUUAGCACUGAAAGGCUGCCAUUGGAUCAGGCGAAAACCCUCUUUGCAUUGCCACCAUACAGCUGGUGCGUCAAACAACAAUCAGUUGAUCUUCUGGCCGAAGGACUUUGGAAGGAGCUUCUGGAUCAAUACCAGCCGGACAUCACCAUCAUGGACUGGUAUGAAAACAGCAAACUGGAUCUCUCCGUCUAUGAGCUUCAUGUCCGGCUCCUGGGAAGCGAUAAGGAAGCGGUGAUUGGGGAAUUUCACCAUGUGGCCCGCGAGAAAGAGCAAGACGGGGAGGAAAAGGCCUGGCAUCAUGUUUCUCACGUCUUCAAGGGCUACGGCCCUGGCGUUCGCUACGUCCAUUUUCUACACAAAACCAAAGAUGUGGAAACAGCGGAUGGACUUCUCCGAACCCGAGUGACAGACAGCAGCGUUUCGGUGCAGCUGAAGGACUGAGCAAAGGGUACCAUUGCACCUUGUGUAAAAUUGGUUUAUUAUUAAAAUUAAAAAAUAAAAUAAAAUUGGUUCAUUAA